UACUUUUUUUUUGAAUUGUUUCACAACAUUUAAUGCCUGAUAAACAUUUAAUACUUGAGAUUAUCUCUUCAUUAUUUACUGCAUUUCUAUCUAUAAUACUACUACUACCAUCGAGUGGGAAUUGUUUGAUUUUCGGUGAAAAGUGAAUAGAUAGAUGGCUGGUUGGAAUGGCUGGUUUGUUGUUCCCGUGCUUGCCAUCGCAGCUAUGGGAGCUUUGAUAUGGAAAAAGAAACAACGAGUGUACCAAAGAGUGGGACAUGUGAAAAAAAUAUUGUUCUUUCCAAUGAAAUCCAUUAGAGGCAUUGAAGUUGAGGAAGGAAAAUGCACAAAAUUAGGACUUGAAGUAAAUGGCCUUUUAGAACGUUCAUUUAUGUUAACAUCUGAGGACGGUGCUUACGUAACACUAGAAAAAGCACCAAAACUUGCAUUGCUUACUCCAAAGUUCGAUGGUACAAAUCUAGUCAUAUCUGGUCCGGAGGUUGAUCCUUUAACAAUUAAAGUACAAAAAGCUCCGGAUCCAAACGAUAAAAUUAUUGAAUGUCGGUUGCGAGUAGAAACUGCUUACGUAGUGGAUUGCGGAGAAAAAGCUGCCAAAUGGUUUCAGAAUUGUCUAAAUAUGCCGAACGUACGGUUAGUGCGAUUCUAUCCGGAAUUUCCAGGGAGACAGUUCUUUGAAAAAUUUACAUUUUACGAAAAAUUGAGACCGAAAAAUUCCAUGUCACUGCAGAAUUGGGCACCUUUCCACAUCAUGUCCCAACCUUCGAUUGAUGAUCUGAAUACGAAACUGAAAGACAAUCACGUUUCUGCCAUCAAUUUUCGACCAAAUGUUCUGGUGGAUGGAUGCCAUCCAUAUGAUGAAGAUUCGUGGGAGUUCAUAAAAUUAGGUGACGGGGCUGAAAUAAUGAACGUUAUACCAUGUCACAGGUGUCCCUUAACAACGUUUGAACCAGAGACUGGCAUAUUAUCACAAAAAGAGCCAUUGGUAACACUGCGGAAGUACAGGAUACCAAAAGAUCCAGAAGUUCAGAAAAAAGUUGGUCCCAGACCGUGUUUAGGAGUUAAUUGCAUUGUUUUACAAACAGGAACAAUUAAAGUGAACGACGAAAUAUUUGCCACAACCAUUUAACCAAUUUAAACAAAUUUUUUUAUAAAAAUUUUCAAAUGAAAAUAAAAAUAUAACAUAUAAGUGGGCUCAACUUAUUCAAUGCACAAAGAAAAUUGAGUAAUAUUUCAAACUUUUACCUAAUAUAGAAUUCCCUCGUCAUGUCACAAUUAAAAAUAUUGCUUUUUCAGGUCUAAUAAUCUGUAUCACGUGCAAGGUGCAUCUCAACUUACAGGGGUUUACCUCAAAAAUUUCGUUAGUUUUUAUAAUCCUUGUCAAAUAUACACAAUGCGCCCAAUAAAAGUCGUUAAUAGAUAUUUAAUUUCAUAAAAAACAAGGUUUAAAAUCACAAAUGGUAAAAUUUUAUUAAAAACUACAAACGCUUUUUAUUUUCAUAAAACUGUGGCUUUUCUCCAUUUUCAAAAUAAGCGUAGACUGCGCUGGUUUUAAAUAGGCUAAACUUGACUUAACACUCAUGAGUAACAGUUGCAAACUCACAGUAGUUAUGAAAAUAGCACAUUAUUGCAAAAAAGCAUAAAUUUAUAUUACGACGGAGCCUUCAAAAAACAGCCCUAAACAAAACAUGGUUUCUCAAAGCACUUUCGCCAAAUAAAAUAAUAAAAGUCACUGUUUAAAAGCCUUAGACUUGAAGCAAGCUAUAAUUUUAAACUAUAGUAAGAUGACUCAUCUUAAAGCUUUAGAAAGGACAAAUAAUAUUCUAAAAUUAUUGAACUUGGCCAAUUGGGCGAUAUUUUUCCACCAAGAUGAACAAUAUCAAAGAUAAGCUGAAUUUGACCAAAAAGUCAAUGACUUACUGUUGCAAACUCAAUACAUUUAUAAAUAUAGCAUAUUAUUUACAAAAAGCAUUAUUUUAUGUGACUACAGAUCCUUCAGGGAGAGUUUCUACACCAUCAAAAACUAUAGAGUUAAUGACCUUACUGCUAUACCAUAAGUCACAUAUUUGGAAAACAAUAUUUUUUUAAAUAUUUUAAUUUUGUCAUUUUAUUUUUAACUGUAUAUUUAUUGCUUUUAGUAUGACGUAACCUCUGUCGGAUUAAUGUCCUAAUGUUGAAGGUGUACUAUUUUAACACCAAAAUACAUAGAGGUUUUUAAUAAAAUUUUACCAUUUGAGCUUUUAAUGAAACUUAAUUUCAUUACAAAGAAUUACUCACAUAAUUUUAUAGACACUUAAGCAAGGAAGCAACAAUACUGCUAUUAAUAUCUAAGAAAUAACUACUGUGGAAGGUGAAACAGAAAAUAAACAUCAAAAUAUUAACAUCCUCUACAAGAAAAUUUCCAUCUUUUUUUAAUUUUUAAAUAUACCUUAUAAAGUUUAUUAUUCUCAAACAAUUCAUAAUUAACCUUAUUUCCCUGACAUAAAUUAAAUACCUAACAAUUAUGAAUCAUCAUAGUCAUAAUCCAUAAUUAAUAGAUCUCUCAAUAUUUGAAUAAAAUUGAAAUGAAUCUAAACAAGGUGGUUAACGCUUUUCGAAAUCACGAAAUACAUAAAAUUACCAAAAUUUAAAAAUAGGUGACGGUAUUAGAAGAAAGACAUACGAAGUCAAGAAAUGAUUUUUAAUAAAAUUUGAUGCUGCUUGUAAGUAGUAAACACUCUGUUAAGAGACUUCGUUCCCCAUCUUGGAAAUUCGAUUAAAAUUUUGAUUUUUCAGAUCUUUUUUUCUUUUUUUUU